CGUGUGCCGGUAUACCUCGUGACAUCGACUGCCGCCUAGUCACUCUCAGGCUGGGAUUUGAUUCUCCCUCUCUGACUUGUUUCAACUUCGUCCUGCUGUCCAACUGAGUCUCUUCGAGCAAUAAUGGCUGAGAUGCAUGGCCCUCCACUGUCACCAACUAUGAUACCAGAUGACUUGACCAUCGCUCAGUUCAUGCUGGACAGACCUCAUCCUUACAGGUCUACGAGCCGGCCGGUGGAAGCGCCGUGGCUUGUGGAUGAUGCAACGGGCAGGAAGAUCGGGUUUGAGGAGAUUCGUGCUCGGGUGUUCGGUUUGGCCAACACUUUGAGCUUCGACUAUGGGAUUAGGGAGAACGACGUGGUCUGCCUCAUGAGCCAGAAUCAUGUCGACUACCCUCUGGUCAUCUGGGCUCUCCAUCGUCUAGGAGCUAUCGUAACUCUCACCAACCCAGCCUUCACGUCCUCCGAGCUUCUCUAUCAGCUUGAGCUCACUAAAGUGAAAGCUGUUGUGUCCGACAUCUCAUCUCUAUCAGCAGUCGAAGAAGCUGCCACACACUAUGGAAUUCCUCAAUCACGCAUCAUUCUCAUGGACGGCAACUCUUCUGGCCGACCGAAGUACGCGACAAUAGAUACACUGGUGCAGGGGGGGCUGGCUAAUACAGCUUGUUUCGAGGAGAGACGACUUGCGCCGGGAGAAGGAAAGACGAAGAUUGCAAUCUUCUGUUUUUCGAGUGGAACGACCGGAAAGCCCAAGGCUGUUGCGAUACCACAUUACGCUCCCAUAGCGAACGUCGUGCAGUCGGCCCUCUUCUGGAAGUCAAAUGGCGGGUCUGACUCGAGGUUCAAGCCAGGCGAUGUGAGUCUAGGCGUGCUCCCAUUCUUUCACGUCUAUGGGUUGAUUCUUGGACUAUUCUGGUUCUUGUUUUGCGGCGUGACAGUCGUUGUCGUCCCAAAAUUCAACUUCAUAGACAUGCUGAAGAGCAUUUCCACAUAUAAAGUGACCCAUCUGAUGCUUGUACCUCCUCAUGCCGUUCUACUCUGCAAGUCGCCAGAAACAAGGCAGUAUGACCUCUUUUCCGUCAGGCUCUGCCUGUUCGGCGCUGCACCGCUCUCGGCGGAACUCACGAACCAGUUCGUAAAGUUGUUUCCAGGUGCAGAGGUUGGUCAAGGGUAUGGUAUGACCGAAACAGCCACUCUGGUCCUUUUGUACCCUCUCUCGCAACGCGUCGGUACUAUUGGCAGCGCAGGACACCUUCUGCCUGGAGUAUCUGCGAAAAUUGUAAAAGCAGACGGGUCAUUAGCGAAAGUAGGCGAACCAGGCGAGUUCCUCAUCAAGACUCCGGCGAUGGCACUGGGGUACUACCAGAACGAGAUAGCCACGAGUGAGACAUUCAUAAACGGAUAUGUUCAUUCCGGGGAUGAAGUCGCAGUUGACGAGAAUGGUGACUUUUUCGUCAUCGACCGUCUCAAGGAAUUGAUCAAAGUACGAGGCUUCCAAGUCGCUCCCGCCGAACUCGAGGGCCACCUCCUGGACCACACUGCCGUUGCCGACGCCUGCGUUGUCGGUGUGCCAGAUGACUACAGUGGUGAAGUUCCAUUUGCGUUCGUUUCUGUUGAUCCAGAUACUGCGAAGCUGCUGAAGAACGACGCUACUGGAAGGGAGAGUGAAAGAUUGAAGGAGGACAUCAGGAAGUUCGUCGCGGAUACCAAGGUAUACUACAAGAGGCUGGAAGGCGGAAUAGAAUUCAUAGAGACGGUUCCAAAGACACCGAGCGGGAAGCUGUUGAGGAGAGUCUUGCGAGAUCAGGCCAAGGCGAUCCGUGCACGCAAGCUCGCUGAGGGAGGAGCCGAAAGUUCUGCAAAGGCGAAAUUAUGAGAAUCCGUGGUACUGCCCGCUUUCAAGAUAUCUAAUAUUUCUACGACCUCUACGCCUGUUUUUGUAU